AUGGCCACCCAGAUCUGCACCCCAACUUUCUCUGCUGGCCUUUGUGGCUCAGCAGGCAGCAUCUCCCGGGUGUCCUCCUUCCGUUCUCUGGGCUCCUGCAGGGUCCCCAGUCUUGCCGGGGUGGCAGGCGCCGCCUCAUCUGUUAGGUCGGGCCUUUCGGGUCUUGGGAGCUGCUUGCCUGGCUCCUACCUGCCUGCUGGGUGCCACCCUUCUAGCUUUGUUGGGUCUGGGGGCUGGUUCUGCGAGGGCUCCUUCAAUGGCAACGAGAAGGAGACCAUGCAGUUCCUGAAUGACCGGCUGGCCAACUACCUGGAGAAGGUGCGGCAGCUGGAGCGGGAGAACGCGGAGCUCGAGUGCCGCAUCCGCGAGUGGUACGAGUCUCAGAUUCCAUACAUCUGCCCGGACUACCAGUCCUACUUCAAGACCAUCGAGGAUCUGCAGCAGAAGGUCCUGCUGACCAGGGCUGAGAAUACCAGGCUGGUCCUACAAAUUGACAAUGCCAAGCUGGCCGCUGAUGACUUUAGGACCAAGUACGAGACAGAGCUGUCCAUGCGGCAGCUGGUGGAGGCCGACAUCAAUGGCCUGCGCAGGAUGCUGGACGAGCUGACCCUGUGCAAGGCUGACCUGGAGAUGCAGGUGGAGUCCCUGAAGGAGGAGCUGCUGUGUCUCAAGAGGAACCACGAGGAGGAAGCCAAUGCACUCCGCUGCCAGCUCGGGGACCGGCUGAACGUGGAGGUGGAUGCGGCCCCGCCCGUGGAUCUCAACAAGGUCCUUGAAGACAUGAGAGCCCAGUACGAGGCGCUGGUGGAGAAUAACCGCAGAGACGUGGAGGCCUGGUUCAACACUCAGACGGAGGAGCUCAACCAGCAGGUGGUGUCCAGCUCGGAGCAGCUGCAGUGCUGCCAGGCCGAGAUCAUCGAGCUGAGACGCACCGUCAACGCCCUGGAGAUCGAGCUGCAGGCCCAGCACAGCAUGCGGAACUCCCUGGAAUCCACCCUGGCUGAGACCGAGGCCCGCUACAGCGCCCAGCUGGCCCAGAUGCAGUGCCUGAUCACCAACGUGGAGUCCCAGCUGGCCGAGAUCCGCUGUGACCUGGAGCGUCAGAACCAUGAAUACCAGGUGCUGCUGGACGUCAAGGCCCGGCUGGAGUCGGAGAUCGCCACCUACCGCCGCCUGCUGGACGGAGAGGAUUGCAGGCUGCCUGCCCACCCCUGUGCCACGGAAUGCAAGCCUGCCUUGAGGGUGCCCUAUCUCCCGAGCAUGCCCUGUGCCACCAGUGUGCCCUGCGCCCCAGCUCCCCAGCUCAGCGCCCAGAUCCGGACCAUCACAGAGGAGCUCCGCGACGGCAAAGUCAUCUCCUCCAGGGAACACGUGCAGUCCCGCCCGCUGUGA